UCUCGAAAUGACAUUGGUCUGCCUCGAAACAUGAUAACAGAUAAGCCUCCCUGCGCUCCGCGUUGUCGGAGUGUCCACAAUGACGACAACUUGAAACAAAAAUAAACUGGCUUGAAUACGUUUUUCAAAAAAACAAAAACAUAAACAAAAAAACCCCAACAAAAACAAAACAACAAAAAUUCAAUUAAAAAACGGGGGUUCGCACUGGAUCCUUGUCGCGCGCGCCCACGAGGAAUAACAAACAGCAAAAUUUGGUGGCGCGCACUCGCUCCGCCGUGCUCCCGCACCUCGUAGAUCUUUGGCUAAAGUGCUCAACUGCAGGCAAAGUGAGCAUGUAUGUGCACGGUUUCAUUCCAGCGAGCCUUGGAUUUGUUGGCUUCUGCCUGGUCGCCUUUGUCCAACAGCCUGCUUCAGGAAGUAAAACCAGCCAAGAUGUAGACGAGUGUGCAGAGGCGCUUGACAACUGCAGCAUCGACGCCAUCUGCCAGAACACACUGAAAUCCUACAAGUGCAUCUGCAAAUCGGGCUAUAAAGGAGAUGGCAAACAUUGUGAAGAUGUCGACGAGUGUGCGACCGAAUACAAUGGUGGCUGUGUCCAUGAGUGCAUCAACAUCCCGGGAAAUUACAGGUGCACAUGCUAUGAUGGCUUCCGCUUGGCACAUGAUGGGCACAAUUGUCUAGAUGUAGACGAGUGUUCAGAGGGCAACGGCGGAUGCCAGCAGAUCUGCGUCAACAUGAUGGGCAGCUAUGAAUGUCGCUGCAGAGAAGGAUUCCUCCUCAGUGACAACCAGCAUACCUGCAUCCAAAGGCCAAAAGUGCGACCGGAAGGAACAAAGGAGGGUCCCACCUGCAUGGACAAGAAUCACGGCUGUGCGCACAUCUGCAGGGAAACACAGAAGGGCGGCAUCUCCUGCGAAUGUCGACCUGGAUUCCAGCUCACACGUAACAUGAAGGACUGCAAAUUGACCUGUAACUAUGGGAAUGGUGGUUGCCAGCACAUUUGUGAGGAAACAGACCACGGCCCCAAGUGUUCCUGCCACAUGAAGUUUGUCCUGCACACAGAUGGGAAGACUUGUGUUGGCGUGGGUGUGCGUGUGCAUGCAGGGGAGAGGAGUGUCCAGUCCCAGGCAGCCCCCCAGCUGUUCCCUAAUGAGACCUGCGCAGUGAACAAUGGUGGCUGUGAUAGCACGUGUCACGAUUCGGUGACUGGAGUCCGUUGCAGCUGUCCUGUCGGCUUCACGCUGCAGCCGGAUCGAAAGACCUGCAAAGACAUUGAUGAGUGCCGUCUUAACAACGGGGGUUGUGACCAUGUGUGUCGGAACACAGUGGGCAGCUUUGAGUGCAGCUGCAAAAAAGGCUACAAGCUGUUGACCAAUGAAAGAACAUGUCAAGACAUCGACGAGUGCUCCUUUGACCGCACCUGCGACCAUUUCUGUGUCAACUCUGCAGGAAGUUUCCAGUGCCUUUGUCACAAGGGCUACGUCCUCUAUGGCCUGGCGCACUGUGGAGAUAUCGAUGAAUGCAGUAUAAACCGAGGAGGAUGCAAAUAUGGAUGCAUUAACACUCUGGGGAGCUACGAAUGUACCUGCCCACCUGGAUACAAGUUGCACUGGAACAGGAAGGACUGUAUCGAGUUGGUGAAAUGUCCUCCAGGCCUUGUCGCCCCCAAGGCUACUCUCACCUGUAGCAAAACGGGCAAGAAAGAGAGCUGCUCACUCACAUGUGCCUCCAAAGCACACUACUUGGCUGAGUCUGACAACAGCUACUCGGUGAGUUGCGGCAUCCCCAUCGUCAGAGGGAAGGCCCCCAUCCGGCUCAACUCCAGCAGCAGUCAGAGCUGCAUAGAAACUUUGGCGCCUCCAGUGAAGCAGACAGCAUCUUUCAAGAUAAAAAAUGCUAAAUGUCACCUGCACCCUAAACUGACUGGCAGGACAGAAGACAGGGGGCGGACCCUAGGACCAGGAGGUGGUCAGCCCUGCAAUAAUUGCUUGGUGACUUUUGUCAAUCUCAAAUGUGACUCGUCAAAGAAAGCGAAAGGGCGGCGUGCGCGCAACCCGGCUAACAAAGAGGUAACGCGCAUAACUUUGGAGCUUGAAGCAGAGGUCAAAGCUGGCGACACAACAGGAAGUUGUAAUCUCAGCUGCCUCAGACAACGUAUGGAGAAGCAAGUCAAGACCUACAUCAAGGCUCUGAAGAAGUCCAUCAACCAAGAGCGAUUCCUGAUCAGAGUGGCUGGUUUGGAGUACGAGGUGGCCCAGAAACUUCCACAGGCUGCUCCCAUUCAAGAGAACUGCGGCCCAGGCUCUGAAAAGGACAGUGGCCGAUGCGUCAGGUGCUUGCCAGGCUCAUACUAUCACGGUGAGCAGGAACGUUGCAUCCAGUGUCCGCCUGGCACCUUCCAGGAGAGGGAGGGGCAGCUGGCAUGCGACCUGUGUCCAGGCAGCGACGGCCACGGGCCUGUGGGAGCCCGAAACAUUUCAUCGUGUGCAGGCCAAUGUCCCACCGGGUUCUUCUCAGGCGACGGCUUCAAGCCUUGCCAGCCGUGUCCCCAGGGCACAUACCAGCCAGAUUUAGGUCGGACUUUGUGCUUUCCUUGCGGGGGAGGACUGAGCAGCAAGCGUGAGGGUGCAAGCUCCUUUCAUGAUUGUGAGGUCAAAGUGCAGUGUUCUCCGGGUCACUACUACAACACCACAGUGCACAGGUGUAUCCGCUGCCCAGUCGGAACCUAUCAGACUGAGUUUCGGCAGAACUACUGUAUUUCCUGCCCUGGAAACACCACCACAGAUUUUGAUGGUGCCACCAGUGUGUCGCAGUGCAAGAACAGGCAGUGUGGCGGCGAGAUGGGCGAGUUUAUGGGCUACAUCGAGUCCCCUAACUACCCCGGUAAUUACCCGGCCAACGUGGAGUGCAUUUGGAACAUCAACCCGCCCAGCAAGCGCAAGAUCCUUAUUGUGGUGCCCGAGAUCUUCCUGCCCUCGGAGGACGAGUGCGGAGAUGUGCUGGUGAUGAGAAAGAACUGGUCAGCUACAUCCAUCACCACCUAUGAGACAUGUCAGACGUAUGAGCGGCCCAUCGCCUUCACGGCACGCUCCCGGCGCCUCUGGAUUAAUUUCAAGUCCAAUGAGGCCAAUAGUGCCAGGGGCUUUCAGAUUCCCUACGUGACUUAUGAUGAGGACUAUGAACAGCUGGUUGAGGACAUCGUACGGGAUGGAAGACUUUACGCUUCAGAGAACCAUCAAGAAAUCCUUAAGGAUAAAAAACUGAUAAAGACUCUUUUUGACGUGCUGGCUCACCCAAACAACUACUUCAAGUACACCACUCGGGAGUCCAAUGAGAUGCUUCCCCGAUCCUUCAUACGUCUCAUAAGCAGCAAAGUCUCUGCUUUCCUGCGACCAUACAAGUAAACCCGCAUCAUCUGCAAUUCACUAAACGCCCCUCCCCCCAACCCCUCCCUCGUCACCCACCUCUCCCCCUUCGCCUACCCCUCCCCCGUCACCCUUACUUACAGGCUACAUCCCGCAACUCAUAAAGGACUGCGACACACAUAUUACAUCCUUUUUUGUAACCAUCUUUUGAUUUCCCUCGACAAACAUGCAAAAUGCUGAAUAUUUGUGUUGUUUGUCAAGUUUCCCUCGCACGUCCACAGUCCGGAGCGUACGCGUUUAGUGGGGAUGUAGAAUAUGUGAGUGGGUUUGGUUUCCAUUGUGUCGUGCAUUGAGACCAUUCAAACGGAUAGAAACGGCUAUUUGAGACAGUAGGAGUGAUGAUGUGUUAGAGCUUGGUGUUGUAUUUGCUUAAAUGACUGGUCUGUAUUCCAGCGCCGACUGCGACCGUUAAGUAUGCCUGUAAGUGUUGUGCAAGUGUUGUAUAACCUUCGUUCCAUCGUGUGUGUGUGUGUGUGUGUGCACGCGUGGGAUGCGUGCGUUGGUGAGGAUGUGUGCUUGUGUGUGCCUCCUCGAGGAGGAGCAGUUGCAAACUAAUUCAUGUCGCAGCUGCGUUCCAGCUCAUUUAAAGCCUUACUAUGUUUGAGCUCUUAGAGCAGUUUUACUGUUAAAACAGUUCAUCUGCGCUGUCUAGACUGCACCAGCCUUUUCCAACACGCCCAGCAUUUCUGUUGCUCUUUUUCUCCUAUUUUUUCCCCCAAGGCAACUUUAUAGCAAAUACAAAAAAAAAGGUGGUUAAUCAAUCUAGGAACACAGAGGACAUUUUUAGAAGACGAAUAAGAAACUAAGUAGGAGAGCCACAGGAAUGAGAUGAUGUGGAAUGUUUCUGGGAGAGGGAUUGAGAGUUGAAUGUCUUUGAGGGACAUGAUGUUUGCUGCUUCUUGUAAAAGGUCACUUUAAUUCUUCAAUCUCAUCUUGUCUUUCUCAUGUACUCUACUCCUGAAUAGUGUCAAGGUUCGAAGUUGAAAAGCAAGCAAAGAAUUUCACGUUCUUCACUUGUUAGCUGACAGCAGGUUGAUAAUCCCAUCACCUGCCUGUGGAGCAGGUCUGUGGUGUUUUUGACUUAUAAAUACCGAACAUUAGCAAGACAAGGGUUGGAUUCCACGAGGCCGACUCCUAGAAUUACACCUGCACCGCUCCUCCCCUAAACUGCCGUGCCCAUAUCAAAUCCAAAGACAGCCAUCUCCCCAGCUCUUGUUUGAUCUGUCCCAGUGCAGACAGCUCUUCCAAAGAGGGCCCACAAGGGCGGGCGGGUCACAUUGUUGUGUGCACUAGAUCGUGAGCCCAUCCUUCUACCUUUAUAAUACACGUGCAAUGAAUACAAAUAACACACACUCAAUUUGGUUAUAGUGACCCAAACUGAUCUUUUGGAAAGCAGCACUGCUGACCCUUUGUAUGACAUGUUAUGAGCAGAACUUAAGUGUCUUGUCUGCUCUUCUGCAGAGGGAGUCAAAGAUGUCUUGAAACAUACAGCAGUUUGAAAAAAAAGAAUAGAAAAUGUUCUUUGUGAUCUCAGAACAGUGACAGCAACAGGGUAUAAUAAUUUAACUUUAAAAUCAAAGAACAUUCCCAUGAUAGCUGAUAAGCAAUUUUGAGAGUGUGACGAUAAGAUCAAAACUUCAUCUGGCUCUAAGCCACGUGGCCGUCACGGUUUGCUUUUGGCGCGUUUGUUAUGAAGACUGGAAAUGGCAAGCAGCUUGACUAGUUUAAAAACCCAAUGUUAUUUGCAGGGGAUUCAUUUGGCUGGGAGGCCCCCAAGAAAUUGAAUAAACAUAUUUCUUUUUCUUUUGUGUGUGUUCACAUAGCCCACAAUGCUAUUGGUAACACCCUAACAUACAGAUUGUCAUCAUGGAGGGACAUACGUUGCUAAUUGUCAAACUUACUAUAACUAUCAUAAAGGCAUGGCCCGUAUCCCCUCAUGGGCAAAAACUCCCCUUCCUACCGGAAUCAGCUUCUUUCCUGCAACCUGAUUGAUUUUUCCUUUCUCCUUUUUUUCUUUUUGGUUGAGAUUGUUGCCUUUUAAAAGAGGGUUUGCUAUGAUGUAUCAUAGAGUCGAUAUUUGCACUUGAAUUGUCAUUGCUCAUGUAAAUGUCUGGAUUUUGUAUUGUCUUUUUAAAUGAAUGGAAUUGGUGUUGUUUAUUUUCUUGUAACUUGUUUGUUCAUGAACGCUCACUAGCAGUUUAGCCUAUAGAUGAUGAUACACAUGACAUUAUUGACAGUAAAGGACAAAAAAAAAAAACAA